UCUAAAAGACAACAAAAACAAAGAAUUCUUGUGAAAAUGCCGUUUAAGUGGAGGUUAAAGAAAACAAGGAAAUACGAUAUUUCAACAAAGAAUUCCUUCAUUGUUGGCGUUUAUCUUUUGGAUAAUGCAUAUUUGGAAUGUACACUGAGUGCUGAGAGCACAGGUCAAGAGUGUUUAAACAGUAUAGCACAGAGAGUGGAGCUUGCAGAGGUAAAUUAUAGAAAUUUGAAUAUUUUCAUUUCAAAUAUAUGUGCUGGUAUUUGCCUUAUCAAAGGGGCGUAAAUAUUUCUGUUUUGAAACAUACAUGUUAUUGCUUUGUUUUUUUUAAUUAAGUAUAAAAAUUAAUAAGAUGAAGAGGCAUGAUAAAAAGAAAAGCUUAAUUUAGAAUAACCUUCAAAUCAUAAUCUCCAAAGCAUUAUCACAAAUUUACUGACAUCAUCAUAAUCAAUGUAGCAUCAACUAACAAUCUACUAGUACUAAUUAAGGAAGAAAAUACCAAACUAUGUACACAUGCACUUGAUUAUCCAUACUAAAAAACCGAAGGGUACUGACCUUAUAAUAUCCAUCCCGUUUAAUUUUUUCUUAUAUUGGCUAUAUAAAUAUCAAUAGGCUUAAUACUCCUACAUGAAUAGAUGGAUCUUGACCAAACUUUUUACACAUACACUUCUCAUUUUUUCUUAUAUAAGCGAUAUAAAUAUCACUAUAGUUUCUAUGUGAAUUGAUGGAUAUAGGCCUAGCGUGGUAGCAAUACACUUCAUUGUCCGUAUUGAAAUAUUGGUGGAUUUAAAACUGAGAAUAUCCAAUCCAUGCAGGGCCGAUCUAGAAUUUUCUAGAAAGCUCAAUAGUUUAAAAAAGUGAUAUCUAUAGCGUUUUUAAACCGAUUUUAAUGGGACAAAUUUUAAAUUAUAACUAUAAUUUAUUUGAACGAUUUUUAUAUCUUAGACGUAACUAAAAGGGUACUUUAUUAAAUGGGCCCCUACUGGGGCCCCUGUUGCGAUUUAAAUGUACUAUAGUUAUAGUAGUACAAUUUAGUUGUAUAAUAUUUCGCAUUUGAGAAAUAAAUACGUAGAAAAGUAAUUUUUUACACAUUUCACGUAGGACAUUAAAUUUAAUCUAGAAUCUUCCAGGAGGUUCUAUAUUGUUCUACGGGUUAUAUAAAGGGGUCUAAAAGCUUAUUCGAACAAAAUCGCAAUGAGCAUGAUCCCAUAGAGGAACAGGAUCCCAAUGGGAACGAGAUACAAAAGUAAACUUCAACCCAUCGGUUACACGAACCCAUUGGGAAACAGGAUGUCAUCAGGAUCACACCAGGAAAUGGGACUGCGCCAGGAUUGGGGUCCUAAUGCAAUGCCGGGUAUAUCCGCUAGUAUAUUAAUAUUUUAAAGAAGAGACAUGUUCUUGUGAGAAUAGCUUCAAACUUCACAGUAAUGAAUAUGGUAGUUAGGUUUCUAAGGAUCCAGAUCAACUAUUGUGCAAGGCAGAAAAAGGCAAGUAAUAAUAAAAAUGCGGAGCAUAAGGCAGGAAUGGCGGUAUGAGUUUAAAUUGUUAUUAUUUUAAAAUCUUGUCUUGGUUUAAAUACAUAUUUAUUUAUGUGCUGAAAAUGUAUAUGUACAAUGUAAUGUAAUUAAAAAACAUUUCCAUUUAUUUGGAUAAAUAAGAAUAAAAAAAGAAUCUUAUCUUAUGAAGAAAUUUUUUUUUUCUUUUAAAAUCUUUAAAUUGCAUGACUCAAAUUGUAAAACUUUAUAUUUUCUUUUGUGAAUAUACACUCAUAACAUUCUGAUAUAUAUUGUAACAGUUCAUAAUAAGUUGGCAACAAAAACAGGCAAUCCUAGUACAACAUAUUAGGAAAUGACAUGGUGACAGCAGCUCCAUGAUUUAUGAUUGUAGUUGUUUAUUUGGUGUGAUUAUUUAUCCGCUAAAUAUUUAAAUUGCCUUACUAUUGUGAUUUUGGAACUGUAAUAUUUUAAGGUGCUGCUUGAUAAGUGUGAUUUACUGUCUUGCUGUUAAAAUUUUCUAUAAUUUUGCUUAGAUCUUUGUUUUAGAAACAUCUUUAAGAGUGCCAAUAUCACAAUUUAAAAAAAAGCAAAAUACUCAAGUGUACUGGGUGAAAUAUUGGGGAAGUUAUUGUAUCCUGUUUAGGAAAACAUUUUUCAAAUGGCUUAAAGUUACAAUGAUUAGAGUGGUAAAAUAAAAGAUUUUUUGGUCACGAUGCACCUUCUAAAUGGGGCAGAAUGUAUUUGUUUGGAAUUGGGGUCAUAUGUCGAAGAAUGUAUGCUGGUUUUUCUUCCUAAAACAGUUGUCAGUUUCUUUAUAGCAUAUUAUUUUGUAUCACACUACUCAAUUCCAUUGUAUUUGACACAGUUAAAAAUUAUCAAAUUUACACUUACGUGAAAAAUGUGGUUAUUUAAUUUUAUUAUUUUAAAAAAGUAAUUGUGUGCACACCAUACAGCUAUGUUCCAAAAAUUAUUCCAUUAAAAUUUCAGACAUAUAACUAUUAAUAUAUAAAAAAAAAUUAGCACUUAAUUUCAGCUGUGAUUUUCCUUAUGUUUUGUAUUUUAGGGUCAAUACUUUGGACUUAGAUAUGUCACAAAGAAACUGCAUUUUCACUGGGUUGAUCUGGAGAAACCUUUGAAAAAACAACUUGAUAAAUAUGCCCAGCCAGCAAGUCAUUCUCACUGUCUUUAUUUUGGUGUUAUGUUUUACAUUAUUGGGGCUCAUAAGAUACCAGACGAAACAGCCAGGUAACAUUACAUUUUAUAGUUAUAUUUUUCAAAGUUUGGUCAAUGCUGAAUAAAUAACUUAAAAUUUGUUUAAACAAUCCAAUUCAUCAUCAUCAUCCCGAUGCAGCAGCCCUUUGAGGAUGUGCCCUUCUGCAGUGAACAUUUAGCACACAAUGAGCUGUUCUUUGUCCGUGUUGUAUAGAGUGUUAGUGUAGUCUGGAGUUUUUUGAUAGGUGUAAGUCAUGGAGUGCUGAGCAGUGAAAGAGGUGAUGUGCUUCUCUAUAAAUUUGGAUGUCUGCAGAGGGGGCACAAUAUGUUAAUUAAGUUUGUAUGCGUCCUGUGUUCAGGUGAACGAUUAUGACGUGUUCAUGUCUUUGGAGGCAAUUUAUUGGAUCUUUGGGAUCUAGGCACAUGUGUUAACACACAUCUUCCUUUUUGAGUCCAUUGCCCAUUCAUUGAUCCACUCUUUUUCUGUUAGCUCUGAUAAUCUGUUUGUCAGUGUUCAGUGAUGUAGGUAAACAUAGGGCUGUUGGAUGCUAGCUUGAUUGCAUAGGUUUAGAGAAAGGUGUGUCAAUCAGAAGUGAGGAUUUCUAUUAAAACUGGUAAAGUUAAAUUUAUAAUAAAAUAAAUCAUUUAAAAAAAUCAUAUCUUAAGAAUAUUGUUGCCGGCUAUUAUAUAUUUAUUUUAUUAACUUAACGCUUCUCCAUGUAAUAGAAAUUGUAAUUUUUUUUCUGACAUCCAUAGUGUAUUUCUCUAAAACCAUUCAUUUAAUUUUUUUUUUGGAAUGAAUGCUCCAGAUAUCAUUACUACCUUCAGUUAAAGAAUGACCUCAUAGAUGGAAGGCUUCCCUGCUCAUCUGACCAGGCCAUCAGACUGGCUGCAUACAGCUUGCAAGGUGAAACAUGCAAACUAUUCAUUAAUUCAUGAUGGUGAACUUGUGUCUGGGUUAUCAUAUUUUACUUCCUUCUCGCUUAGAACAGAGAUAAAACUUGUCAUGAAUUUCUAGGUAUCUCCUAUUUGAUUUGGAGUAGAAACCUCUAUACCAGGCCUGCACAACUCAAAAUGCAAGGUGGACCGUAAUACUUUAUGAAAAAUUUGUGUGGGGUCAAAAGAAAAUAGUGUAGGGGGAAAGCUAUUAAGAAAAAAUAAUAAUAAAGAAUAUUACAUUACUUCGCGGGCCGCAAAGUGGGUGUUGGCGGGCUGCAAAGUGGGUGUUGGCGGGCCGUAUGUGGCCCGUGGGCUGUAUAUUGUGCAGGCCUGCUCUAUGCGGUAGUCACUAUUUUAGGAUUCAUCAUCUUUAUGGUAAAGAAAUUAUAAAGACCUUAAAGCAAAUAAAAAAUAAACUUUCAAAUAUGAUAUGUUUAAAUUGAUGUUGUUUUUUUUGCAGUUAUAAUUUCCAAAAUACAGACUUGGUUAUAGAUUAUAUGGUCAGAAGUCAGCUACACUUUUCUUAUGCUGAAGUAUUUUUUCUUCUUAAUUGUAAAAUAAAUUAUUUUGAAUCCAUUAAAUUUAACAUUAGUGAAAACUUGCAAGAAUAUAAACAUUUGUUAAACUUUACACUUUCAGCUGAAUUUGGAGAUUAUGAACCAGAAAAGUAUUCAGUACAAGAUUACUUGUUGUUUCCAAAGGUAUUUCAUGUAUUUUGUUGAAGUAGAAUUGAAAAUUCAUAUGCUUUUAAAAAAAGCCAAAUAGCUUGCUUUUAAUUUGAACAAUAUUCUUGACAUUCUAUCCAAGUGUUUACCAUUUGAAAUAAAUACUUUUUCUAAAAUGAAAAUGUUAUACAUCAAGUUUUAUCAUGAUUAUGCAGUUGUGUUUUUCUACUUUCAGACAAUGAUGAAAGAUGAAGCUGUAGCAAAUGAGCUUUUAUCUGAGGCUAUCGCUGGCCACAUUAGUUUACAAGGUGUUCCACCAGUUCGUGCAGAACUUCAGUAUGUUAAAGAAGUUCAGAUGAUGGAUGGAUAUGGGGCUGAGUAUUAUAGUGCCAAGGUAGCUUUAUCUUAAGUUUUUAAGCUAAUUAUUAAGAAAAUGGUUGUAAAAUUCCAUUUUUUUAAAAAAUUUUUAUUGCAAUUUUAAUGUUCUACAUUUGAAGCAAAUAUUAUUUUUUGUUUUACACUUCCCUUGUUAUUUAAAAAUUCUUUCUAGGAUGAAUCUCGUAAAGACCUAUAUUUAGGGACUUCGUAUGCUGGUAUAUUUGCUCGUUACAUCGAUGGUCAGUCAACAGUUUACUACAAGUAAGUAUCAAUGAAUUUGACGUUUUUAUUUUAAAAAAAAUGAUUAUCAAGGGGUUAGCUUGGUAAUCUUAAAUAACAAAAACUACUUUGUUUAUUAGUUAAAAUUAAAAAAUACAAUGGACAUUUGAUUACUAUCUUUUAAAUUUAAAAAAAAUCAAAAGUACAACAUAUUUUUACUGCAUUAUUUAUUUAUAUCUAAUUUCUAAAAUAAAUUUUAUGAAAAGGUGGGCAGAAAUAGCUAAAGUUACACAGAACAAGAAAACCUUAGAGAUUGACACUUCCAAGAGUUCUGUUCAGUUUCAACUGGUAAGGCCAAUUUUAAUUUUAAAAUAGUUCUUUUUUAAUAACAUAGAUUUCUUUGUGAAACCAAGUUGGGGGAUGUGUCACUGAGAAAUAGCCGGCAAUUUUAAAUCAAGAAAAAAAGCUACCACCAGUUUUCGCAUUUUUAGAAUAGGAAACUUAGAAUGUGCAAGUUGUUUAAAUAUUAAAAUUAUCCUCACAAAAACAUAGCCUGCGACUUUUUAGCUACAUAGCCUGGGACUUUUUAGCUAAUAAAAAAAUUUAGCUCUGGCUACACUCACAUAGUCUACAUUGGUUAUAAAAAAACAAGGUGUGGGAAAACUUCUUAUUUUCAUAUAAAAAAAUGGAAGAUCAGGGACUGAUUUUUACCACGAUGGUUGGCAACCUUGGUAUUUCUAGGUCAGGCCAUAGCAUACUGGUCAACAGGUUUCUUUUCAAAUAAAGUUUUAUUUUUGUCAGGAAGCAAAUCAUAGAUUUUAUUUUAAAAUAACACUUGAAAUCUGAAUUCUUUUUUCAGUUUAUGAUUUAUUGUUCAUGUUAAUAAAUCUUAAGUGAUCAACUGAUAACUUUCUUCAAUAAAAAAAUAUUUUACUGUUUUUUUUUUUUUGAUUCUGAAAUUAGCAUGGUAAUAAAAAUAAUUCUUUCUUCAACUUGCUUUUGGAUAGGAGGAUACAGAUACUGCCAAAUACGUUGCUCGUUUAGCUCAACUUCAGCGACAGUUUUACAAGUCUGCAAAAGGAAAUCUAAGGUAAGUUUUCUCAAUUUAUAAGCAGUAUUUAAGCUCUAUAACCAAUUGAAAAUACAUUGCUGAUAAGUUUAAUAAUGGUUUGCAUUUUUGCCGGGAGUAAAUGUAGAAAUUAAACAUAAUUUUUAAAAAAUAAUUCAUUUUAAUGUUAAUUAGGAACUAUUUAAUUGAUAGUUAUUAUAAUUUCAUAUCUAAAAUUUUAGAAAGUCGGUAAAAUCCUUCCUUUGUAAUCAGGAAAAUCCUUUUUGAAACAAAUUAUUUUAUUAGAUAGAUAAGAACAAUAUUUAUUAUGGGGAUGGCAGCGAACUUGUCAAAAUACACCAAUGUAUGUUCAACUUCAGAUAUUAUAAUAAAUUAAAUUUUUUUUUUUUUUUUUAAAUUGUCCUCAUUUUUUAUCAUGAUUAUUCACUUUUGUUAAUUUUAAUGUUUCAAAAAAGAAAAAAAAAAGAACAGGAUGAUAACUUUUCCUUUGUCAUAUUUUUUUUCUCUUUUUUAAAAAAAAAAUUUAAUUAAAUUUUUCUUUUUCUUUUUUAAAUUGUCCUCAUUUUUUAUCAUGAUUAUUCACUUUUGUUAAUUUUAAUGCUUCAAAAAAGAAAAAAAAAAGAACAGGAUGAUAACUUUUCCUUUGUCAUAUUUUAUUUCUCCUUUUUAAAAAAAAAAUUUGUUUCCAAAUGGAGCUAAAUCCCUUAGUUUAGGUAGCCUAGAUGGUUUACAUCAAAAGUAGGUUAGGCAGAAGUGGAUGAAAGAGUUAAAAUUUCAACAUAGUUUUAUCAAGCAUUAUGCAGCACCUCUUCACUUGUGUUCAUGCAUUCAUUAUUCAAGAUAUUCAAGCAUGUAAAAUAUUUCUGUGGUGCAUGAAUAUUGAGUUUGUUAAACCUGUGAUUUUUUUUUCUUGUUCAUUCCCUUUCAUUUCUUAUUUACAGAGGCAUUAUUUCAUUUUUUUAAUGUCUGUGUCAACCAAUUUUCUCUUAUUCAAAAGAGUUAAAAUUUUGCAAGCAACUUAAUUUGCGGAGCAAUUUCAUAGAUCAAAUUUUUUACAUUUAAAACUGUUCAUAUUAUAAAAUUUCAGUUUAAAUAGUAUGACAUGUGCAAUUCUAUUCAUCCGAUCUCAUGAAUCAGGACUAGAAAAAAAAAAUUAUGAGCACAAAAUUAAAACCAAAAAAAAAAAGGUAAUUGUUCCGGAUUGGAAACAAUGGAAUGUUAAUAUUUUACUUAUAUAUUUUGGCUAACUCAUAGCCUAACAACCGCCUAUAUAGUAUGACAUCUAAAUUUAUUCUUCAGCAAUUUAUUUGGUUGACAUUAUAAUUUUAAAACACACGUUUAAUGAUUAUAUACAAUUUGGUAUUGAUUGGUUUAAUUCAGUGGGAGCCUUUAAAAAAUGUUUAUUAAAAAAAAACACCUUCUAUUUUGCCACUACGCAUGCACAUUAUCUUCUAAUGAAACAACCACCAACCUGAUUUCUUUGUUGUAAAGCAUGUUGCAUUGUGUUGGCACGCCUCUGUUUCAGUAACAGUGUAACUGACGUCAGCAUGAUAGAGGAGCCUGAGACUCAACAUUUCAUGUAUGUAUAACUCUUUUACCAACAUCGGCUCACUCAGUCACUUGUGACAUUUCUCAAACAUAUAUAUGUCACGUUUGCAUGUCAGAAUGAACAUGAUGGUCACAGUUUCUCUCCCGUAGAGCAGUCAAAUGCUAACUUUGGUUGUUUAUUUUUUUUCCUCUUUUUUUUAAAUAUUUUUUUUUUAAAGUUUUUUUUUGGUUUUUGUUUGUUGAAACAUUUCCCAUGGCACUAGUCUAAUUAAAAAAAAAUUAAUAAAAAGUAUAAAAUAAAAAUAUAAACACAAAUAGAAGUUUAGAUUUUUUAUAUCAGUUAUCUUUCUGUUAUUUAAAAACAAAAUUUUGGCUUAAGUUUUAAUAAAGUCAGUGAAAGUUGACUCGGCUGCUCAUGUUCAUUUGUCUUUCACUGUCUAGAGAUGCUCAACAAGUUUACAUCCCAGCCACAGACUCGUCCCAUUCCUCACAAGAGCUGGUAAGUUGUCCACAGCUUGAUCUCCAACUCGGCGGUUCCCAACCUGUGGGUAGCGGCCCUUACACAGGGUCGCCUAAGACCAUCUGAAAACACAUUUGUAUGAAGUAGCAACAAUAAUAAUUUUAUGGUUGGGGGGUCACCACAACAUGAGGAACUGUAUGAAAGGGUCAGGGCAUUAUGAAGGUUGGGAACCGCUGCUCUAACUGAACAUGAUUUUUUUUUUCUUUGUCAAGGAAAAAUAAAUGUUCAUUUAUAGAAUGAGACAGAAAUCUGAAUAUUAAAUUUUAGAUUUGAAGCUUCCAUAUUUUCACUGUCAAUUUUUGUGUAUGACACACAUAUUAACACACUUGUUGUGAACUCUCAUGUUGCUAUUGAUUGAAUAACAUUUUUUAAGGAAGCUUUAAUAAUUAUUUUUUUUAUUAUGUGAGGUCAAGCUCUUUCCAAAUCUCUGUUUUCUUCCUCAUUUGAUGAAUGUUUUUAAUCCCACUCAUGCACAAUCUUUGAUGCAGGCUCAUUCUCAGACAUCACUGACUCAUCUACAAGAGCAACGGUACCCGCAAGGUAAAUACAUUUAGGAUAAAAAUAAUAAUCCGACACUGAUGGAUCUUUCAGUUAGCGAUCCAAGCUUUUUUUCUGAAAUGUUUUGAAACACAGUGUAACUUUUUUUAUGUAGUCAUUUAGCUUUCCUGGUAUCAUCAAUGCAUUUCCCACCUUUUUAGCCUGGUAUUAUCCAUGCAUUUCCCACCUUUCUUGCCUGACAUUAUCAAUGCAUUUCCCAACUUUGGGUUCCUUUCAAGGUCAGUUUUGAAAAUAAAUAAAUCUUAAUAUUUGAAUGUUCAAGAAAUAAUUAUAAUGUAAUGCUGGGCUUAAGGAAACAUAAAUAAGAUCACAACUAACAAAGCAACAACUGGUACCGGUAACUGUUUGGGAUCUGAGGAAUUGUGGAUACAUAUCCUACUGAAACAGGUUGUUUUUUAAUUAGGAUAGUUUUGUUUUCUGUUUGGUCACAGCAUCAUAACUAGAAAUUGACCUUUAAUUCAGUAUCAGAAGUCAAGAAACAAUCAAGAUGUAGAGGGCAUAACUAGAAAUUGACCUUUAAUUCAGUAUCAGAAGUCAAGAAACAAUCAAGAUGUAGAGGGCAUAACUAGAAAUUGACCUUUAAUUCAGUAUCAGAAGUCAAGAAACAAUCAAGAUGUAGAGGGCAUAACUAGAAAUUGACCUUUAAUUCAGUAUCAGAAGUCAAGAAACAAUCAAGAUGUAGAGGGCAUAACUAGAAAUUGACCUUUAAUUCAGUAUCAGAAGUCAAGAAACAAUCAAGAUGUAGAGGGCAUAACUAGAAAUUGACCUUUAAUUCAGUAUCAGAAGUCAAAACAAUCAAGAUGUAGAGUUUUCCCAAUGUUUCCAGAUAUUCUUCAAAGCUCGCAGCAAAGUCUGGAGUCUUCAUCAGAGUCACAGCAGCAACAACAAUUGCUUCAGUACCACCACCAUCAUCAGAUAAAUCAACAGCACAUGACAGGUGUGGAGGGUGAGGCCGUCACUGGGAAUGGAGUCUAUCAACAAGUUAUGGUAACUUGCAAACUUUUAGAUUUAUUGCAACUCUGCAUCUGGCGUUUCUAUGGUUACUGUGUGGGCUCUAUACAGGAGACUGGCGUUUCUAUGGUUACUGUGUGGGCUCUAUACAGGAGACUGGCGUUUCUAUGGUUACUGUGUGGGCUCUAUACAGGAGACUGGCGUUUCUAUGGUUACUGUGUGUGCUCUAUACAGGAGAUGACAGUGUUUGAUGCAAAUGUUACUUGACAAGGACAUUUACAAGGUUGAGUGUUAUGAACUGGUUUUGUGAGUGUGCUCAGGUUGUGUAUGGAAUAGUUGUUGAUCAUGAGUUGGUGAAUAGUUUUGAAGGGCCAGUUGUGAUUGGUCAGGUUGUGUUAGGGCUAGUUGUGAUUGGUCGGGUUGUUUGAGGGCCAGCUGUGAUUGGUCGGGUUAUGUUAGGGCCAGUUGUGAUUGGUCGGGUUAUGUUAGGGCCAGUUGUGAUUGGUCGGGUUAUGCAGGUCAAUGAACAAUUGAGGUGUUUAAAUAAUGUGGGAACAAGGGGUGCAAGUCAGUAUGUUAAGUUGCAUUGAGAGUUCUGUGGUGAGUUAUCAUUUUAGUGUUGAAAGUGCAAGUCCUCGUCAAAGGUAGUCAGUGUCGAGUGUAGUACAAGUGUAAAGAGGCUUUUAUAGAAGUUUUGCGAACUUGUCGUAAUCCAGUUGUGGCACGGUAAAUAAAGAACUUAAAUAUUUUCAACCUUUUGUUUUUAUUGCUCGUCAUCAGCAGUGGGGAUGCAAGUUAACGCUAAAGCCGUGAUGUCCAUCCUUUCUCACAAAGUGCUCCAUAAAUUUAUAUUCCCACAAAGCCUCAAAUGACAUCUCUAAAAAAUAUUUUUUUAAAAACUUUAAAAAAAUUAUUCACAUUAUUGAUAAUUCUUACAUUAUGCAUAGAGUCAUAUAUCCAAUAGCAUUAUGGACUCAUCAAGAGUAUAAAUAAAACAAAUAUGAACUGUAGCUCUUUUUAUGAUAUGCUUUAAAAUUUACUUGCAAUUUUGUUAAUUUGAGGUAGUUAUCAGCAGCUUCAGCCCUCAUUAGAUUUUCUAAAUAUUCACCAGUCAAGGCGUGAUGUUCUUUGGACUUGAUGCUGGUCAUUACAGAGAGUCCAGUUUCCCUGAUGUAGGGUGCUUCCAAUAACAUGGUCAAAGUUUUAUUACAAUAUUUCCAUAAUUGUGGCUAUUCACUAGAAGAAAAUAGCUAUUUCAUGUAAAUUGGUCCCAUUGGUGGGGACAUGGGCAUUUUUACACUGACUCUGAUAGUUACACAUGAUGUUAUUUUUGGUUUCCCUAUUCAUCUUUUUUCCAAUGCCGUCAGUAAUGAUACCUGAUACCCAGCAAUGCCUCCCCUGUACAAGCAAAAGAAAGAAGAAGAUAGGAGCUGAUUUAUAUCACCAGGGUUCUGCCAAUGUGCUUAACAUUAAUUACUGCUACCUGUCAAUCCAUCCAUUCCUUAGCUUUUGUGACCUCCCCUUUUUUCUAGGGUUACAGCUCCUCCUGUGCUCUCACAUAAUUUGACAACAAAACUAAAUCAGUUUGAAAAUAUUUUCACCCUAAAAUGUUUUAUUUUUUUACACACAUCACCCUGGGCUGCGGGUUGGACAGCACCACCCCAGAAAAAUAUUGUUUCCAUAAACAACAUAGAGUCCUGCAAACUGCCUGCGAGUAAAUGUACGUAAUAUGGGAGUUUAACUGUGAACUCUUCCUGGGAUGGAAGUUUGUUACAGUAGGCAUUUAUUCAUAUCCCAACUAUCACUGCGUCAUUUUGCCCUAAUAAUUGAGACUCACCAUCUGAAAUUUAAAAAAAUAUAAAAUCUGGCAAUGGUUGUUUGUAAAAGGACUUGAGUUUAAAAUGAGCACUUACACAAAAUUUUAAACCAGGAAUAUGUGAAGAAGUAUAUUUUAUGGUCAGCUCAAGGAAUAUGUGAAGAAGUAUAUUUUAUGGUCAGCUCAAGGAUAUUUUCAUCUGAGCUAGUUCAGCUAGGCUGUAUUUAAAAUUUUGAAUUUAUAAAUAAUUUCCUUGUCACUAAAAUCUUUACUAAAUCUGAAGCAGAAAAUGUUUUGAUAGGAAUGUAGGCAAAGGUGUUCUCCAAAGUGUAAGGAUGAAAGUGGGUUGAAAAUUUAACAACGCAAUAGCUCAUUUAUUAAUGAAACUAAUCCAAUACAACAAUUAAAAACUUGUAAUUUUCUGUAUAGACAGCUAUUUUCAAUACAAAUUUGGUGGUGGUCUCCUUACUGUCCUCAAAGAGUUCAACCUAUUUGCUUAUUUACAAAUUGAGGUCCAAUUAAAAUGAAUUAAAUGUUGUGUUCUUCCACCAGAGGCAUGAAUCUCUGACCCCUACACCAGAAGGAGACCCAGUUUAUGUCAACAGAGCUGCCUUACUGCCUGCAUACAGGCCCAGUCCAGAUUAUGACGCAGUCAUGCAGCAGAGAAUGAUGCAACAGCAUCACCAGCAGCAGCCGCAUCCUCAAACACCGCAUUUUAAAGAAAUCACGCCCCAUCUUGGUGCGGCACAAGUUUAUGUCCAUCCCGAUGGCAUGGCGUACAGCCAGCCUGAGAUCAGCCAAAACCUGGCCACAUUCAGGGACGAGCAUGGCAACUAUGCAAACGUGGACGCACUGAGACACUACAGCCACUCCAUCUAUGCCAAUAUAUUUCAAGAAGGUCAUGGAUUCUAUGCGGGGCGUACGGGGGAAAGAGCCAACAAUUUAGCUGUCCACCCAACGUACAGCUCACCUGAACUCAACACAGAACUUCAUCAGCAGGAGGCCUUUGCCAACAACGAAUUCUCCGCACAAGAGGCCAUGGCCUAUCAUUUCCGUCCUCCGCCCCCAUACCCUCGCACUAGCAGCAGCACCC